GCUUGGCACGGAACACGGACAUCUCUCUGUUUUUUUCCUGGCUCAGUGCGUUUAUAUAAACACACGAGGUCGUGGGUAGCCUAUAGUCUCUCAGAGAUCCGGACUGCCUGCAUAUUAUCGACUCAUAUCCAUCUGUGAAACAAAUUCACUCAUCUUCCUCCAGAGUCCAGACCAGCAUCGACGAUAUCAAGCCAUGGCUGUUACCGGCUGCUCUCAGUGCAUCAAAUAUAUGCUCUUCUUCUUAAACUUCAUUUUCUGGCUGGCUGGCGGUGUGAUUUUGGGUGUAGCUCUAUGGCUUCGUCAUGACAGUCAAACCAGCAACCUCCUAAUGCUCCAGUUUGAGGGGAAUCAAGCACCAGGAACCUUUCAUAUCAGUGUGUAUGUUCUCAUAGCAAUUGGGGCUGUAAUGAUGUUUGUGGGGUUCCUUGGUUGUUAUGGAGCUAUUCAGGAAUCUCAGUGUCUCUUAGGAACGUUCUUCACAUGUUUAGUGAUCCUCUUCGCCUGUGAGGUGGCAGCAGGAAUAUGGGGCUUUAUUAACAGGGACACGAUCUCCACUGAGCUCAUUAACUUCUAUGAUGCUGCAUACAUUAAAGCUGUGGAUCCUGUGGAUACAACGUCCAGACAGGCAGCUUCCAAAGUUCUGGAGGUCUUCCAUGACACACUGGAGUGCUGUGGUAAAGGAGAUGAUAAUCAACUUUUCACAGCUGUCCAGUCCUCUCUGUGUCCCAAAAAGACCAUCCCAGUUGACCCACUCAUCUCUCAGAGUUGCCACACAAAGCUAAGGGAUCUGUUCACUGAGAAGCUCCAUGUCAUUGGAUUGGCUGCCCUAGUGAUUGCUGUCAUUAUGGUUUUUGAGAUGAUCUUCACCAUGGUCCUCUGCUGUGCAAUCCGCAAUGCUCCUGCAUAUUGAGUUGCUGGAUGAUGACCAGCCUGAUCAGCAAUGUUUGAUUUUUGCUAGUGAUGGGAUGGAGGCCAUUUCACUUCUGCAUUUCCUCUCUUUUCAAGUUCAAGUGUCCACACACUGAACAUUGAUCCCUGUGUUUGUAGAGAGGACUUCCAAUGGCAUCAGAAUACAACACCAAGUGCUAUUAUAAAUAAACCAGUAACCAAUAUCAGGGAGGAGGAGUAAUGUGAUUGAAAGUAAUAUGGAUAACAUUGAUUUUAUGUUGUAUUGUUUUACUUUUAUUUAAUAAUUUUAUUAGAUUUGCUCUUACAUUGCUCUUAUGGUCUGUUGUUCAACUUUUAGUUGCUUUUAGCAUGUGUGUGUGUGCUUGUUUGCUAAAUAAAUCAUUGUGAUGUUUAUAGAGAGAUACAUGUUAUGAAUCCGUUAUGCAACGGUAAUUUGUGUCUUCUGAGAAAGCAUAUCAUACAUUAGACUUUACCAACCCAUAAUAAUGAUGUCAUGAUAAUCGAAUGAUAACCCACA